AUGCCGUCACCACCACGAGAUACUGCCUCCGUUUCGUCCUCACAAGUAACUCUAGAGCAUGGUAACGCUGAGGGAUUCCGUCAUCUAGCGCACAGCAUUGUUUCGAGAACGCUAGCAUUUGAGUGUGAGUACGACCGAUUAGGGCGACCGGAUCAAGACGAGCACGCGUGGAAGAUGCUCAAGAAGCACAACCAUCUUUGUGUCUACAAGCGCAAGACUCAGCAGAGCUCUAAAUUAGAUCCGAGUCGGAUCGGGGUGUCGUCUAAGAAACCACCAAUGGUCAUUUGUGUCGGCUCCGUUGAAGGAACGGUGGAAGACAUUCUCUAUGGAAUUCACGCUAAGACUCGUAGUGAGAUGGGAGCGACCAUGACUUUUAUGAAUAGAAACCCUCUCGACUGUGAUGUGUUAGCUAUGCUGGAUAGCGGCUCCACGAAAGACCCGUUUCGUCAACUGUCGAUCAAGUACCUCCUAGCAGAGACUUUUGGAGAUACACGAGUAGUAAACGAUCGCGAUGUCUGCUGUCUCGAGUCUAUGGGUUUUGGUCACGACUUGAAAGGCAAGCGCUACGGCUACUACCUUCUGCGAAGUGUCGACGUGCCGGAAUGUUCUCCGCUUCCUGAAGACAGCGGCGUGGUGCGUGCCAGCGUUACCAUGUGCUGCAUAUACCGGCAAGUACAAGGCGCUGUGAAGGUGUACAGUAAAGCAAUGAUUGAUCUGGGCGGGUCUCUUCCCGCAUUCAUGGCUUAUAAUGCAGCCACAGAACUAUUGCUUUCCAAUACCGAUGCGAUGAAAAGUGCUACAGCCAAACGCCUCACCAUUCUAGCUCUUCAGAGGGUGCAGACACGAAAGCCUCAAGAACCAGAAGACCUCACGUCCACGUCUGAAUCGGAGCUUCAUUUGAGCAGCUCUCGAUACGCCAAAUUGUGCAACUUCCGUAGUACCAAGAGUCUAUUAAAUUUGCCGUCGUCUCUCACAAGUGUCGAGUGCUUGACAGCGUCGCAAAGGAUGCCGGUUCAGCCCUGUAGCGUAUGUGGCAAAAAACCAAAGAUGGCGAAGCUCGUUCGCUCCACACACCGCAAUUGCGGAGUAUGCAACCAGUGCGUUUGCGCGAAUUGCGGCGUCAAGCAGAAGUUGUACGCCCGUUCGGAACCAGUCCUUCUAGCUUGCUGUAAAGUCUGCAUUCUGAUAGCCAAGAAGCUAAAAGUGGACCCUCGCGACCCGUUCCCAAUGCUGCCAUGA